CAGAGUAGAUUUCUCAAACAGUCUGUAGAAGCAAGAAACACACGAAACCCCUUUUAUUAGUCUGCAACAGCAUAUUUCCCGUCUAAUUAUAUAUGUACAGUUAAGUUAUUGGUGCAGCUCAAAGUGAAGACUGCACUGUGUUAACUUCGCAGCAGGUCACGAGCAUACAGGUAAGUUAGUCUACACCUGUCUGGCGCGUUCUUCAUACCCUGCUGUACAGCAACAUAAUAACCAGGAAGAAAAGUUUUUUUCAUAAAUCACAUGACGCCGACGUCAUGCGGAAUGCGGACCACAAAUGCACAUUGUCCGAAAUAUCUGACCCGAAAACAAACUGACAGACACCGGAGCUGCAUAAAAUGCCUCGUCUUCUCUGCUGUUGCUGCGUCUCUGGCGAAAACUCCGGGGACGAGAGGCAGCCUCUCCUGCAGCCCAGAACAUUGGACUUGAAUGAAGCUGGAUCGGCCAGGCGGAUCCCACCAGCAAGCAGUGCACAGACAGUGAGGCGGGCUGGCAGGCUGGUGAUGAGGCGAGUGGGACUGCCAGAGUUGGACCAGAGAUUUUCUGAUGUGGCCGAAACAUUCAACGAACAGCAGCAGCAUUAUGAGGCCAUGGUCCGACACAUCAGCAGCCUGCGACAGAGCUGCGACUGUGCCCACGGUGAUGCCUUUGCUGAAUGUGUGGGGAAGAUCAGAGAGGAGCACCAAGCCACAUACAGGGUAUCCCUUAAGAUGAAUGGCUAUGACUUCUCCCUCAGUGUGAUCCCUGCGGUGUUGAAUGGUAAACAUCUGGAGGAGCCGCUGCCUCCACGUCUGAAGUUGGCUCAGGAUGAAGUGAGGGGCAUCUCUGAGAGUGCCAGAGCCACCAUCUCAAGGGGUACCACACUUCAAGAGUUGUUUGCCUGGCUGCUCCGCUGCAGGGAUCCAAUGGCCGAGCAAGUGAAGCAGGCUGCACCAUCUUACCAGGAGCAAGGAAGACUGAAUGAGAAUCUGGAGGAGAACAUGAGGGAAGUGAGGAGGGCGAAGGAGUCGUCGGUGGGAUACAGACAGCGAGCCGGAGAAGUCCUCACUGAGGCUGCACAGAUUGCAGGGGCUCAUUUGUAGUUCACGUACACAUUUUAUCUUUACAAUUAUACACACACAAGGGUGAAGGUGGGUGUGGUGGCGUCUGCUGCAGGAGAAAAGUGUGGAGGUGACUCAGAAGAGCACCUCAUGCAUGUUUUUAAAGGUACCAAUGAUACACUGUGCUUUGCAGGCCUGGGCAGCCUCUUGUUUAAUGUUGUUACAAGGACAUGAACAUAUAUUUCUUUUAAAUGUUUUAUUCAAAUUAUACUAAUAGCAGAGAUGAUGCACUCACACUUAAAACACUACCCUUAUUUGCGUAAAGAAUUUAAUUUUCCUUAAUAUGUGCAAUUUUUUCAGCAAACACUAGGGGGCAUUGCAGACUGACAUUACUGUUGAAACAGUUGCUCUUAUAUGCAUUUUCCUUAGAUAUAGUCUGUCUCUCAGAAAUUGGAAUUACCUAAAUCCUUUUAUACCAGAAUGAGGUAUCACAUACUGAAUGCAUCACCUUUUUUAUUUUGGAAUUUUGUACCUGAUAGUCUGACAAGUUGGGUCGGGAUAUGGUUUCCUGUAGCAGCAAUGGGAACUCAACGUGAGGUUUGUUGUGGCUGUUUGCGUCCAUUUGCUAUUGGAACAUUCAGAUGGAGAUUUAUUACUUAUUAUCCACAAAAGCCCUAUUGUAAUUAUCAAGUGAUUGGAAUCUGCAGCUUCCUAGCGUCUGCUAAUGUGAACAACACAUGGUCAUAUGCCAUCUUGAUAAUUAAUUUUGGUCAAUCCAUUGUUCCAGAGGUCAUGCAUUAUGUAUCUGAGAGACAGUUUUGGAGUAGAUUCAUUUAGGAAGAAGUGUGCAGGAUGUAUUGGGUAAAAUAAAUAAAAUUAGGUUAAAGAAAUAUAUUUAACACAUGCAGGCAACCUUUAUUAAUGAUAACGUGGAUACGUUUGGCUAGAUCAAUUGUUAGUGCAACAGAUUGGCUUAAACUGAAAUUUGUAAGUAAUUAUGUUCAUAAAUAAAAUUUUAAUAUAUUGUUUUUUAAUAAAAUGAAUCAACGUGAA